CAAGCCACCCCGCAACAUCAAGGCCCAAAACAAACUCAAUAUUAAUUAUUUUGUUUCGUGUCUUUUCCUUCGCCUUUCUUCCGAACAGCUCCUCCAGAACCUUCUAGAAAUAAAACACAGAAAAGGAAAAAAAGAUCCAGAAAAAACAGCACAACCACCCUCCAACGCUUAUCUUCUCUCUGAUCUUUCACUCCGUCAAAUGAUUUCUGAGCUGCUGCCGUGGUUUUGGAGAUUGCUUCUCGUUCAGAAACCUUAACGCUCUUGAAUACUUCUCUAUCUCUCCUUGAUUUGGAUCUGUGAAAUAAAGAAUAAUUAAGCAGUUCUGGAUUCUAUGGCUCCAAUGCCGGUUGAACAGACCGGCGAAUCUCCCACCGCAGGGGGGGGAGGAGGAGGAGGAGGCGAGUCUCAGAGGACUCUUCCGACGCCGUUCCUCACCAAAACUUAUCAACUCGUGGAUGAUCCUUCCAUUGACGAAUUGAUUUCGUGGAACGAAGACGGCACCACAUUUAUUGUUUGGCGUCCAGCUGAAUUCGCCAGAGAUUUGCUUCCCAAAUAUUUCAAACACAACAAUUUUUCCAGCUUCGUUCGCCAACUCAAUACUUACGGAUUUAGAAAAGUGGUGCCUGAUCGAUGGGAGUUUGCAAAUGAUUGUUUUCGUAGAGGAGAAAAAGGAUUACUAAGGGAUAUUCAACGCCGGAAAAUCUCUCCGGCAGCUCCUUCGCCGGUGGUAGCAACACCUCCAGCUGCAGUUAUUGCGAAUGCACAGGCGGUUGUUACAGUGGCGGUUCCGCCGCCGAUGAGAGUGGUAUCUCCGGCGAAUUCUGGUGACGAGCAGGUUGUAUCCUCCAAUUCUUCGCCAGCGGCAACUACUGUUCUGCCGACGGCGUGUACGACGACGCCAGAGAUUCUAGAAGAGAACGAAAGGUUGAGAAAAGAAAACGCGCAGCUAAAUCGAGAAUUGAAUCGGCUGCGGGGUUUGUGUGGCAAUAUUUAUAAUUUAAUGUCAAAUUACGCCGGGAAUCAGGCGGAGACCAGCGGAGGAGAAUUGCCGGAAGAAAGAGCUUUGGAUUUGAUGACGGGAAGACGGGUUACGGUGGAGAUGGACGGAGGCGGCGCCGCGGGUGGUGGUGCAGUGAAGGCGGAGGAGGAGGAGUACGUGAGUCCGAGGCUCUUCGGGGUUUCACUUGGGGUAAAGCGCGUGAGAAGAAGCGAUGACGAAGAUAAUGAGAUACAAGGGAGGGAUCACAAGGAGGCGGAUGCAUCGGAAGGGAAAUCAGAGCCGUCUGAUUGCAGAGUUGAUAAUCACCGUGAUGAUCAAGCGUGGUUAGAUAUUUCGAUAAGGAGAAAAUCGGAGGGCGAGAGUUGACUUGACUGUGUUCUGUUCUGUGGAGCAUGCAGUUAAUCGGGGUAUGCUGUGGGGACCGCAUAAGAACUACGACGAAGGAAAGAGAAAAGUAGGAUAUGGUCCUCGUGGAUAACGAACACGUGUUGCGCAAAGGUUAUUUUCUGAAGUUCUGGUCUUUUCUGGAACCUGGGGGAGCUGGCGUGGUAGGCCCCAACGUUUUCUUUAGAUCCAAAAGGAAAGUAAAAGAUAGGCUGGCAGCCAGGUAAUUGAAACGGCUUGGGUCCACCGGAAAGCUGAAGAAAGUGGAAAAUUUUUAGAAACUGAAAGGUCAAAGAGUCGAAGUUGGGCUUUGGAAACAAUUUGUGGUGGAUAAAUUUUGGGCUCUGGAGAUGUGGCGAAAUGAAUUUCAAGCCUUUCAUUAAGAAGCUGGAUUGGAGCCCAAUUGCAGAAUUCUUUCGAGUAGAAUGAACAGAUAAACAUGGCUGGAGUUUCUGUUCAAGAUUAAGAACUAAUUACAUGCUGAACAGAAUAUUUAUUUUUCUUUUUUAUUUUCAGGUCAGAAAUGAGAUACUGUGUACAACAUGAUGAAAUGUGUAUAGUUUGAUUUUGGUAGUUCUACUCUAUUUACUCGCAGUGGAUCAGAGAAUAUUUAGUCGGGGAAUUAGUGUAGAUUUGUUUGAGAGAUUGUGGGCCAUGGAAAUAUCAAAAUUGCAUUCCUGGGGCUGGUGUCUGGAAAAAAAAUUAUGGACAAUAGAGUGAAAGUGCUCUACGGAGUGAAAAAUUCCCGGGGGCUGGUAUCGAAAUUCUUGACUUACUUCUGGUUUAACACGUACCAUGAUGGUUAUGUGUA